AUAUGGAAGGAGAUCAAAGAGGGGUUCCGAGUUAUGAAGUUCAGAUUUCGUUUUCGAGCACCCCAAACCCUCAACAAUCGAUCCACGAAAUGGGGUUUGUGCAGUUCGAAGAUCAUCAUCCUCAUCAUAAUCAGGUUUUGAGCUUCAUGGCCCCAUCAUCACAUAUACAGCAGCAGCAGCCUAACAAUUCUCAUCACCCUCAUCAUCAUCAGCCAGCUGAGCUCAGCAGCGGUGCCUCAGCCGCCGCCACCACCACCAGCAACGGCGUUACCGUGGGGUUUAGUACUCAUACCGACCUACUUGUUGCAAGACCUUCUUGGAAUAAUAGUAACGACCAGGUGGGAACGUUGGAUCCAAAGGCUAUUAGUGAUGAAAAUGGGACUGGUAAUGCUAGUGAUUGCAGCAACUCAUGGUGGAGGAGCUCAAGCUCAGAGAAGAGCAAGAUGAAGGUGAGGAGAAAGCUUAGGGAGCCAAGAUUCUGUUUCCAAACCAGAAGUGAUGUGGAUGUGCUUGAUGAUGGUUACAAAUGGAGGAAAUAUGGCCAGAAAGUUGUCAAGAACAGCCUUCAUCCUAGAAGCUACUACCGCUGUACUCACAGUAACUGUCGGGUGAAGAAAAGGGUUGAACGACUGUCUGAAGAUUGUCGAAUGGUGAUAACAACCUAUGAAGGUAGACACAACCACACCCCUUGCGAUGACUCUAAUUCCUCUGAACAUGAAUGCUUUAGCUCUUUCUAAUCAUCAAUUACAGAACACAAGUAUAUUUACUAUGUAAUUUUGUUGUAAUGAUAACAAUAUUUAAUGUAUCCUUAUUAUCUUGUUCUGUACAAUCUUUUGCCAGAUUGAUCAUUUUGAGAUAUUUUUAUUUAUUUAUGGUAAUUUAUCAGAUUGAUUUC